AUGACGGUGUUCAGGCUGAUCAAUCCGGCUCCGCUGACGGAGAAAGUGCAGUCCCGCCAGGGGAACAUAUAUCUGUACCGGGCCAUGUGGCUCAUCGGGUGGAUUCCACCCAAGGAGGGUGUCCUGCGGUACGUGUACCUCUUCUGGACCUGCGUGCCCUUCGCCUUCGGGGUGUUCUACCUGCCCGUGGGCUUCAUCAUCAGCUACGUGCAGGAGUUCAAGAACUUCACGCCCGGCGAGUUUCUCACCUCGCUGCAGGUGUGCAUCAAUGUGUACGGCGCCUCGGUGAAGUCCACCAUCACCUACCUCUUCCUCUGGCGACUGCGGAAGACGGAGAUCCUGCUGGACUCCCUGGACAAGCGACUGGCCAACGACAGCGAUCGCGAGAAGAUCCACAACAUGGUGGCCCGCUGCAACUACGCCUUUCUGAUCUACAGCUUCAUCUACUGCGGUUACGCGGGCUCCACUUUCCUGUCCUACGCCCUAAGUGGUCGUCCUCCGUGGUCCGUCUACAAUCCCUUCAUCGACUGGCGCGAUGGCAUGGGCAGCCUGUGGAUCCAGGCCAUAUUCGAGUACAUCACCAUGUCCUUUGCCGUGCUGCAGGACCAGCUAUCCGACACCUAUCCCCUGAUGUUCACCAUCAUGUUCCGGGCUCACAUGGAGGUCCUCAAGGAUCACGUGCGCAACUUGCGCAUGAAUCCCGAGCGCAGUGAGGCGGACAACUACCAGGAUCUGGUGAACUGCGUCCUCGACCACAAGACCAUACUGAAGUGCUGUGACAUGAUUCGCCCCAUGAUAUCCCGCACCAUCUUCGUGCAAUUCGCGCUGAUUGGCUCCGUUUUGGGUCUGACCCUGGUCAACGUGUUCUUCUUCUCGAACUUCUGGAAGGGCGUCGCCUCGCUCCUGUUCGUCAUCACCAUCCUGCUGCAGACGUUCCCCUUCUGCUACACCUGCAACAUGCUGAUCGACGAUGCCCAGGACCUGUCCAACGAGAUUUUCCAGUCCAACUGGGUGGAUGCCGAGCCACGCUACAAGGCCACGCUGGUCCACUUCAUGCACCAUGUCCAGCAGCCGAUAAUCUUCAUUGCCGGCGGCAUCUUUCCCAUCUCCAUGAACAGCAACAUAAGCGUGGCCAAGUUCGCCUUCAGCAUCAUUACGAUAGUGCGACAAAUGAAUCUGGCCGAGCAGUUCCAGUAAAAUUAGCUCACAAAAAUGAUUCCGAAUUACCCUGCGCACCCAUGAGCCCCAAAAAAAAAGUGUC